CACAAAUGUAAUGGGGCCAAAGCUUGAAAGACAGAGCUGUUUAACCUAAAGCACAAAGGAUUGGAGAUUUUUGGUAUUUUUUUAGUAUUAUGAGUAUUUUUUUUCGACAAAAAGGACGAGAAACGACAAUGGCGAAAAAACAUGUGUUCGCGCAAAAUCGAUGAAUAAACGUCCAAAGCAAAUGUGCAGAGGCUUUUUUAUAUAUGGAAGUGCAGCGUGCUUUAACUAAAGUUAACAUUUAUUGAUUAUUAAAUUGUCUAUAAAGCGUUAUAGACUCUGCAGCUUACUGUCACAGCGUCUGCAUAAGUGUAAAUAUAUAUUUAUAUAAGAAAAAAUAAAACGGACAGAAAAUGGGCAUUACAGAAACGCCGAAAACAGCAACAACAACAACGACAAGCACAGAAGCGGCUAAUGAAAGCAAAAAAGUUUUAACGUUGGCCACGUUUCAAGACAUUUUUAAGCAUGUGGAGCCGGAAGUUCGCAUCGAAGCAUUCGAGCUAGCGCAAGGCUCAGACCGCGGCGACAACUAUACGGCAGCCCUGUAUCGCAUCUGCUUAAGUGGGCAACGCCUAAACCUAGAUGGCAGCACGCGUAAAUGGGAGCAGAGCGUUAUAUGUAAGGUGUUGCCAGAGAGCGUUGUCCAAAGGGAAGCCUAUAAGAGCGAUAAGCUUUUUCGCAAUGAAGUUGAAUUCUAUACCACAAUAAUGCCGGAGCUGGUUAACUUCCAGGCUAGCAAAACGGGCCUGGAGGCACCAUUAUUUAAUUCAAUACCUAAGUGCUAUACUGCGAGGCAGGACUUGCUAAUAAUGGAGGAUCUGCGCGUUCGUGGCUUUGAGAUGUCUGAUCGACACAAGGGUCUCAGCAUGGAGGAGACGCAAUCGGUGCUUCUUCAAGUUGCUCAGCUCCACGCACUUAGUUUGGCCUACAAAUUUGAGCACCCGUUAGAGUUUAGAAAAAUGUGUAGCCUAAUUAGCGAGGGUAUCUUCUGCACAGCCAAUACAAACUGGUAUAAAAACUAUUAUGAACGCCUGACGAAGAAUGCUAUUAAAAUGGUGUCGGAUGUGCUGCCCGCGGACUCCAAGUAUAUGCAGGCAAUGCGCAGCUUUGCAAAGAGCUCCUCGUUCUUCUCCCAAAUGGUGGAGUUGGCCAGUGCUGAGUCGCCUUUAUCGGCCAUUUGCCAUGGGGACUGCUGGGUCAACAAUUUUCUGUAUCGCUACGAUCCGACGGAUCGACAACGUGUACUGGAGGUGGCGCUAAUUGACUUUCAGCUGGUACGUUACAGUUCCAUUGCAUUGGACAUUGCCAAUCUGAUGUACUGCUGCACUACGAAGCAAAUGCGGGACGCCCAGAAGGAGACGUUGCUCAAAGGCUAUACGGAGGAGCUCUAUAAAUGGUUGGAGUUGCUUUGCAGCGUAUUGCCAGACCAUUGCAAUACCCUGCAAAAGUUACAGGAACUCUUUGCUCAGGAACUUAAAACCUAUGGACGAUUUGCUCUUGGGCUUGCUAUGGACAUAAUACCCAUUAGCACAUGUUCAUCGGAAGAUGCACCCGAUAUGUAUUUGAAUCGCAAUGAUGACGUCGACGAGGAUGUGGGUGCGCCUGCUCUAAAUUUUCCACCUAACGACUUGUGCAGACAGAAGAUGUCUGAAAUUGUAGUUGAUAUGGUCGACAGUGACAUGCUCUAGAGUACAGUGCAACUGGCACAGACAUAAAACUCAAUUAGAUCUUAUAUAGGCCAGGAAAAUGUUGAUUUUUUGGGUUAAAUUCAAGUAGUACGAAUUUUCUUUUAUUCUUUACCCUGGUCUACAGUAUGUGAUUUACGUUCAGAACAGUUUUGCCAACGCUUAGAUAAUCUUGUCCAUAAAUCUCUUACAUUACGAAUUAUUUACUCGUAACGAUUUUUUAACAACCAACUAACAUGAUUCCAAUAUUUUCAACAAACCCCAUUAUCUCUUUUCUAGUAUG